GCUCCUUAUCGCAGCUAAGACAUUGACGAUGGACUUGAAUCGUGUAGAUGAAGUUUCUGUUGGUUCUGUAGAUGCUCAAGAACUCCUGCAAAUUGCAACAUCUUCUGACAAUGCAACAGAAGUUCGAUAUCAGCUGGAAACCUCUAUUUCCACCAACAGUGGCAACAAUGAACAAGAAGAAGAUGGAACCACCAGUACAUCACCCUCACAAAGCGCUGCUGCUUCAGCUACAAAUGACAAAUAUGCCAAUGUGAAGGGAUUCAAGGCUCGAAAAGACCCAUGAAAAUCAAAGAAGAGGCCAAGAGGUGGACUUGAGGUAGCGCUGGAGAGGGCUAGAAAGCAAAGAAUUGAUGAACAGGCCGCCAACAAGCGUUACAAAAGCAACAAUGAGUGAUUAGUCUCCUUGUUGUUAUCCGUGUUUUUUUUAUCUGUCAUAAACUUUUAGAUUUCAAUGACAAC